AUGGCUGAUCUUUUGUGUGGAGAGUUUGAUAGUUUAAGGAAGCUUUUUCGUGAUGGAUUGAAAGAUUCGAAAGAAUAUGAUUUUAAUAAUGGCAUAUUUAAUAAAUAUUGUCCGAAUGGAAAAUGUGACGCUGAUACCGAUAUAGUCAACGCUGGCUGUUUAUGGUUAUUUAAUGCAUUUUUCGGUAAAACUGGUACUUCAAAUUAUGAAGAUAGAUAUAAGGAUGUGAUUGUAUGUAUUAUGAUAUGGUUAUGUUAUAAAUUAAGCCUAAAGACAUUUCAUAACAUCACCACAUUAAACGAUUUUUAUUCUAAUCAUAUAGAAAAUAACACAAAGUACACAAAUAGUGAAGUUAAUGAUGAAAAAUUUAAAAGUUAUAAAGAAAUAAUAGAUGAAAUAAAGGGAUAUAUGGAUAUUAAUAUUAGUCAUAUGUCUAAAUUUGAUGAAUUACUUAAAUUGUUAUGUAAUAUGAAUAGUGCUUAUACGAGUAAAAAUAGUAGAAAGUGUUCAGAACAUGCUAAUAAUUUUGUUAAUAAAUAUAAUGAACUCCUUAAUGAUGAUAAUAAUAAUGACGGUAGUUCAUACAGUAAAGUAUUACUUGUUUUAUCCAAUUAUUAUAAUAAUUUUGAAAAAAACAGAAUUUUUCAUUAUAUAACAAUAAAUCUUCCUUCAUUACCAACAAAAAAAACAGCUGAAAAUAUUGGUAUAUCAGAUUCUAAAGAAUCACAAGCUGUCUCCUCCAUUGAAACAGCAGAAUCAAAUUCUGAAACUAAAGUAUCAAAUUUUGAUUCAACAUCACCAAGUUCAUCGAUAUCAAAUAAAUUAAUUUCAAUUCCAUUUAUAUUAAUUGCAACAUUAAUUUUAUUAGGAAUUGCAUAUAAGUAUUCGUUAUUUGGGCUUCGGAAACGAUCUCAAAAACAUUUAAGAGAAAAGAUAAAAAAAUAA